CAGUUGUGGGGCUGAGCUCGGGUAGGAGGGAGAAUUGCUGGGGGCGGGGUGGGGGAAACCGGGAGGAGCGACGACGGCGACGGCGGGGGAGUGGAAGGCAGACGAGCCUGUAGGCCGCAGCUGUCCACACAAAAUGGCGGAGGGCGACAACAGGAGCACCAACCAGCUGGCUGCAGAGACAGCUAGUUUGGAAGAACACUUGCAAGGAUGGGGAGAAGUGAUUCUGGUCACCGACAAAAUCCUUCGUUGGGAAAAACCUUGGUUUCCACCUGCUAUGCUCAGUGUUGUUUCCUUUGUUUUUCUGAUGAUUUACUACCUGGACCCAUCUGUUCUCUCGGGAGUUUCUUGUUUUGUUAUGUUGCUUUGUUUGGCUGACUACCUUGUACCUGCUCUUGCUCCUAGAAUUUUUGGCUCCAGCAAAUGGACUACUGAGCAGCAGCAACGCUUUCAUGAAAUCUGUAGCAACCUGGUAAAAACACGGCGCAAGAUUGUUGGUUGGUGGAAACGUCUUUUUGCCUUUAAGGAAGAAAAGCCUAAAAUGUAUUUCACAACAAUGCUGUGUUCGUUAGCAGUGAUUGCUUGGAUAGGACAGCAAGUUCACAACCUGUUCCUCACCUAUCUUAUUGUGAGCUUCUUCCUGUUGUUUCCUGGAUUAAACAAACAUGGAAUUAUUUCAAAGUAUGCUGGAAUGGCAAAAAGGGAGGUCAACAAACUCCUUAAACAAAAGGAGAAGAAAAAUGAAUGAAGCUCUGCUUUCCUCUGCACUUCACAGUAUAAUGUGUUCUGGGAACAAUGUAUUAGAAUUAUUGUGUGUUUCGUAGAAUAGCAGUGCUUAUUUCAGUCAUAGCCUUUUAACGUUAAAACAGGAUUCCCUCUUUUUAAAUAGGAUCUGUGUAGUUAUUUGACCACACAGUCAGUAUAGUCUGCAAAAAUGGGCAAGUCAUUCCAAUAAUAAAUGCAGCUAGCGGCGUCAUAGGGUGGGAAUGUUGUUAAUCAGUGUGGUGGAGUAAACAUUUUGAUUUUAUUAGUGUGGAUGACAUCUUUUGCUAUUUAUUUGUGGUAGAAAGAUGCCAGUUAGUAUUCUCCAUUCCGCUUAAAUGUUUUAAGUGAUCUCUUCUGACUCUAGGUUUAUUUCUGCAAACCCCUGCAGAUAAAAUUAACACAUUUCUUUCUGAAGUUUUGAGCCACAAAUGAUACGGAUAAACAGGGCUUCAAAAUGCCUGAGUUGUCACUACUUAUGUAGUAUGAAUUGCUGCAUUAGACAGUAUGUGGAAAACUGAAGCUAGGAAUGCACAGAGAUUCAAUUUUCUUCUAUUCAAACUGCUGUAGCUUUGGAGUCGUGCAACGUCUAGUUUUUUUAAUAGGGUCUGUAUAAAAAAACAUUUAAAUAUUUGAUGCACGAGACUCAUAAGUAAGUCUGGUAUUUGUGUUUUCUUAUUGUCGUUUUAUUACUGUGCUUAAGGAAAAUACUUGUAAUGUAUUAAAACCAUAGGCUUCUUAAAUUUGUUGCAAGACAAAAUUUCUGUCUUAAUUGUAAACGGAUUAACAGUGUUAUCAUCCUCGGUGGUUUGAAAAUAGAUUUCAGAAACAUUGAGGUUUGCUUUCUUUAUAAUCCUGUAGGCAAUAGAAAGCUCAGCGAAGAGAUCUUGAUGCUUGUAGCUCUGCCUCUUUUUAAACUAGCAUACUACAUUAUUCUGCCAAAUAACUGCAGUUCAGUAAAUAUAUGGGAAGCAAGUGUGUUUGGCACAGUUACUAACUUCAGCUACUUUUGCAUACAAGCAAAAAGGCCAUAAAAGUCUGAUAACAAAGAAUGGAAUUAAGUUCUGGCUGCAUCUUCUUAAACCUAACAUGAAUGUAAUCAUACUUUGUAUCAGCACUCAGACUGCUUAUUUGCCACACUGGUGUGAACAGGACACUCCUUAUGUACUGGAGGCUUCAUCCAUUUAAAUAGAAGUCUGAUCCCAGUAAAGCUGGCAAAAUCUUUCUUGAUAGGUUAGAAGAGUAUCCUUUAUUUGGGGGAGAGGUGAGAAAAGGUGAAGGGAAGUAGCAGGUCUGCUAAAGUCACAUGUCCUUGUUUUGAGUUGCAUCCUUUCAUUUGCAUUCAUUUCAAUUCUAACUAUACUGUAUGAUGGUUGGUGGCUUUGGUUUCAUACUCGGCAGCUCUCUGCAUAAGACAACCACAAAAUCCUUAAAGGUGUAAAUAGAUUACCAUAAUAAAUGGAAAUCAAAAUUAAUUUGCCCUGUUUUUCAAAAUCAACAGAAAAUCUUUCUCAGCUUGCUUGAUGUCUGAUCAAAUAGCAGCUGAAUCCCAGAGACUGAUGGAUAAAGGCAUCCUUGAUGCAUUCUAAUUCAAUACAUGGAGUAGCCCUAAGGCACAUUUGGGCGUUCUCAAUCAUUUUUCCCCUUGGGGGUGACGCUUUCAGAAUGCUAAUUUGGUUAUAAUUGCACUGAGUAUUUUCACCUCCAUGCAGUGACCAUCUUUGCUUACUAUCCCUUCUCUUUGUGCUUUAGAUAUAUCCCAAGAAGGGAAGAGUUAUUUAAGAGGAGAGGUUUUAUAGUUGCUAAGUGAAUCACUUCUGUUUCUCGUUACAAAUUUAUUGUCACCAGAAAGAGUUACUACAAGUACUGGCUACAGAAGCCUGUAGUGUGAAAAUAACAUUAAAUCUCUUAAGAUGUCAA